AUGGCGCACAGGCACCGUGGCCCCACGCGGGCCUCGCUCCUUCAGAUGCCUCUGACGAUCACGCUGCUGAUGAUGCUGAUGCCGGCCGUGCGGGGCUCAGGGAGUGCAGCGUGCACGCGCGCCGCUCUCGACCUGAACCUGGUGCUGGAGGCGAACCGCGAGACGGGCACCGUGACCCUGGAGGCCAUGAAGACGUUCGCGGGAGCCGCGCUCGAGUCGCUCGCCCCCGCGGGGAACUCGUCCCGCGUGGGGCUGUGGCGCUUCGACCGCGACGCGCAGCCGCUGCUGCGCCUGGGAGACGCCGCCUCCGCCGCCAGCGCGGGCUACGUGCUGGGCCUGCUGGAGGUGGCGCGGGGCGGCCGCAACACGGGCGGCGCCCUCGACUUCAUCCUGCACGCCGGGUUUCCUCCCGGGCCGGACGACGGGGUCCAUCGCACCAAGGUGCUGAUGCUGAUGACGACCGGACCGGCGGACGAGAGCGUGAGCGGAAUCUCCGAGCUGGCGAGCCAGGCCCAGGUGCUCAUCGUCACCGUGGGCAUCGGGCCCCUUGUGGACGAGGAGGAGCUGCAGGCCCUUGCCUCGCUCCCCACGUUCGCGCACCUCUACCCGCUCCAGAUCAGCGCGCAAGACGCCCACGCGGUCAUGGGCGGCAUCUGCAGCGGCACGGGCGUGAUGGGCAACUUCCUCUUGAGCCAGGAAACGAGUCAGACCAUCUUCGACAACGCGGACAACGGCACAGAGAAGACCCAGACACCGGCGCCGCCGCCGCCCGUGCACCUUGACGGCACGUGCAGCGCGUGGGGCCUGGGCCACGUGCGCACCUUCGACGGCUUCGCGCUGCGCGCGGCGGGCGCGUGCCCCUACGUGGCGGCGCGCGAGUGCGGGGACGGCGCCUCCAGCUUCAGCGUGGAGGUGCGGCGCAGCGCGGGGCGGAUCAGCUCCGUGAGCGCGCAGCUCGACGGCCUCGCGCUCUCCGUCUCCCGCGACGGGAACGUGACCGCGCGCGGGGAGAGGGUCCGCCUGCCGUUCAGCGACACCGGCGUGCAGGUGACGCGCGUGGGCGCCUACACGACCGUGCGCAUGCGCAACGUGGUGGAGCUUCGUCUCAGCGUGGACCAGUCCCUCACGAUUUCCGUGGACAAGAAGUUCAAGGGGCGCAUGUGUGGCCUGUGCGGGGACUACAACCAGGACCCCAUGAACUCCGAGUUCAAGGACGACAUGCGCACGGUCGCCGACUUCGUAAAGGCGCAGAAGCUCGCGGACGGCAGUGCGGUUUGCACCGAGGAGACGGCGCCUCCGGGACCCCCCGCGCUCAACUGCUCCAGACACGUGGACACCUGCCGCGCGUUCACGCAGCUCCCCGCCUUCUCCGGGUGCGAGGACGUCGGGGUGGACGUGCACGCGCUCGUGGUCGCGUGCACGCGGGACGUGUGCGCGUGCGUGGAGACGUGGGGGCUGCCCCCCGCGGAGUGCGCCUGCGACUCCCUGGCGGAGCUCUCGCGGCAGUGCGCGCUCGCGGGGGGCCGCCCGGGGGCGUGGAGGAACUCCCAGCUGUGCCCCGCCUCGUGUCCCGACGCGAUGCAGCACUCGGAGUGCGGCACCAGCUGCCUGGACACGUGCUCCAACCCCACGGCCAGCGCCCUGUGCGAGGAUGCCUGCCUCGACGGCUGCUUCUGCCCCCCUGGCACGGUGAUGGAUGAUGUGGACGAGGCGCAGGGCGGGCGCUGCGUGCCGGUGGAGCAGUGCUCCUGCGUGUUCGACGGCAGGCAGUACCCCCCCGGCGGGGUGCUGGGGACCCCCUGCAGUAAAUGCGAGUGCAUAGGGGGCCAGUGGAACUGCUCGAGUCUGCCGUGCCCGGGGAUGUGCAAGCUGGAGGGCGGCUCCCACUUCACCACCUUCGACCACCGCACCUACACCUUCCACGGGAACUGCCUCUACACCCUCUCGCAGAAUUAG